AUGGCAGGCCACCCACGAGCCACCAACCGACGAGUCCAAAGCACGAGGCCGCAGCUGGUCAUCGUUGCCAAGCUCAAACCAGAGCACCUCCGAUUUCCAGUCACCAACCCCCACCUCGCCCCCGACGGAUGCAGAGCCCCUGCACAACUGCGUCGACCGCCACCCCCUCUGUUCGGGCAACCCGUAGAGCCGGACCUAACUCCACCACCAGCGAACACCACGCACGUCGAGAUCGUCGACGACCGCCAACGUCGGCAUUGGCACCUGCCACCAUCGCUGCCGCCCUUCGCUAGAAGCCACGAGGCGCGUGUCCCACCAUGUCGGGCGCCGCCCCACGCCCUGAGGGCGCCAGAUCCAGCCACGAACCUGGCGCCCCAGGCAAACGCCCCCGCCUCCAUCCUCGACAGCCCGGGCCACCGCGAGCAGGUAAGCCAGGCCGAGAGCCCCGCCGCCGCCCCGCGCCUACACGGGCUUCAGCUGCUGCUGCCCCAGCCACCGCCGCCCGCCACGCCUCCUGGCUAG